GUUGCCUCUGCCCCCAACAUUGAGUUGCUGCAUAGCGACAGCUCCGAAAGAUCUGCAGCCCGCUGGUCGAUCUGACCCUCCCGUGCUAGCACUUCGCAGGGUCAGGCUUGACGGCGAUGGCCAGCAGCCCGCGCUUGAGGUCUCUGAAGGAACGUCAUGUGAGCUUCAUGACUGCUGGGUAAAUGGAUCAGUGAGGCUGAGCAGAGGUGCAUCAGCCAAGAUCAUCAGGACAAACAUCUUUGCCUCUUCAGAAACGGGUCUGCAGGGCAGAGGUUUCGCAUACCUGCUCUUGGACGCUUGCACUAUACGUGAUUGCGCGGGCGAUGGGCUACUUUUGAGACAUGGUGAGGCCGACAUCUCUAACUGCACCAUCAAAAGUUGCAGUCAAAGCGGAUUGGUUCUGGGACCCGGCACCUGGCGGCUCUCGGGCAACACCCUUUGUGACAAUGGCCAGUACGGAGUGUGGGCUGAAGCUGGCCUACGCGCAACAUGGAGCCAAAGCCAUUGCAGCGGAAACCUCCUGGGCGCCAGGGGCGGGCGUGGCGAGAUUGCAGGUUGGCAGGGUACCGGACUUGCGCCAGGCGAAGAAUGCCGUGUCUGGAGUGAGCAGAAGGGGAAGUGGGUCAAAGGUGAAGUUGUAUCAGUGCACGAUGAGGUGGUGGUUGCUAUCAGGGGCCGGAGGACUGUGAAGACUUCGAACGGUUCUGCAGAGCCGGACGUCCCAGAAGAAAGCAAAUUCUGUACUGGCGCAGAGGUCACCAGUGACAGAAAAGGCGAGUGUUGUCUGCAAGUUCCGGCCACGGCAGUUCUGCCACCCCGCAGCGGAGGAGCAGAGCCGCCUGCCUUUUCACAGAAGGCAACUAAACGAAGGUUGGGGCCAUAUAGGCUCUUCUUGGCCUGUGGUGGCUCUGGACGAGCCGGCUGGCAGAAACUCUCUGACGAAUUGAAGGCAAAGUUCCGAUCAGACUCCAGCAGGUGCAAGAGAAAGGAAGUCCGCAACAAGGGCAAGCGUAAACGGUUGCUGGGCUUGCACAACUACCAUCUGUUUGGACGCUACAAUUUUUACGUGAACUCCGAAUGCAGCUCAAGCUUACGUUUUGCAUCGUUCGAUCUUCGUCCGAGAGCAUCCUCAGGGCAGAGAUUCUCUUUUUAA